AUGGAUAAAUUCCGUAUGCUCUUCCAGCACUUCCAGUCCAGUACAGAAUCUGUGAUGAAUGGCAUCUGCCUGCUGCUGGCUGCAGUCACGGUCAAGCUGUACUCCUCCUUCGACUUCAACUGCCCCUGCCUGGAGCACUACAAUGCCCUGUACGGCCUGGGCCUGCUGCUCACGCCUCCGCUCGCCCUUUUCCUCUGUGGCCUCCUCGCCAACCGGCAGUCCGUGGUGAUGGUGGAGGAGUGGCGCCGGCCCAUGGGGCACCGGAGGAAGGACCCAGGCAUCAUCAGGUAUAUGUGCUCCUCCGUGCUGCAGAGAGCUCUGGCUGCCCCUCUUGUCUGGAUCCUGCUGGCCCUCCUUGAUGGGAAGUGCUUCGUGUGUGCCUUCAGCAGCUUUGUGGACCCUGAGAAGUUUCUGGAUUUUGCCAACAUGACCCUCAGCCAGGUGCAGCUCUUCCUGGCUAAGGUGCCCUGCAAGGAGGAUGAGCUGGUCAGGGAUAGUCCUGCCCGAAAGGCAGUGUCUCGCUACCUGCGGUGCCUGUCACAGGCCAUCGGCUGGAGUAUCACCCUGCUGCUCAUCAUCGCAGCCUUCUUGGCCCGAUGCCUGAGGCCCUGCUUCGACCAGACCGUCCUUCUGCAGCGCAGGUACUGGAGCAAUUACGUGGACCUGGAGCAGAAGCUCUUCGACGAGACGUGCUGCGAGCAUGCGCGGGACUUCGCGCACCGGUGCGUGCUGCACUUCUUCGCCAGCAUGCAGAGCGAGAUGCGGGCUCGGGGGCUGCGCCAGGACACUGCGGGCAGGAACCUGGAGCCGCCAGAGGCACCUGAGCCCCCGGAGGACCCAGACGGCGGUAGCAGGAAGGCCCACCUGCGCGCCAUCUCCAGCCGGGAAAAGGUGGACCGCCUCCUGAGUACCUGGUACUCCAGCAAACCACCACUCAACCUCGCGUCAUCCCCCGGGCUGGGCGGGGGUGGCCUCAGCCACCAUGCCCCCACGGUGGCCCCAGGCACCAGGCUGUCCCAGCACACCGAUGUGUAG